AAAAAUAUUUGUGAUACAAAUGUUACAAAUAUUGACUAUGCUUUCUUAUUAAAACAGGCCGCUAAAUGGAUUAAAUAUGAUGGACGUCUCCCUCCUGAAGCUUUUUGUGUAGACAAUCGUGCUAUUGGUCGUGGAAAAUAUGAGGGUGGCAUUCACAUUGGUUAUGUUGAUCAACAUCAACAUAAAUUAAUUAUUGGUUGGGGUUGGAAGCAACAUGAAUUACAUGAUUUUGAAGUUUU